UUCCUCAUUGUUCCUGCAAUUGUGGGUAGUGCCCUUCUCCACCGGCUUUCGGAUGAUCGAUGGGAAAAGAUAACAGCAUGGAUGUAUGGCAUGGGGCUCUGUGCGCUCUUCAUUGUCUCCACAGUAUUUCAUAUUGUUUCGUGGAAAAAGAGUCACUUAAGGACAAUGGAGCAUUGCUUUCACAUGUGUGACAGAAUGAUGAUCUACGUCUUUAUUGCGGCAUCAUAUGCACCAUGGUUAAAUCUACGUGAGCUUGGACCUCUAGCAUCCCACAUGCGUUGGUUUAUCUGGCUGAUGGCUGCUGGAGGAACCAUUUACGUAUUUCUCUACCAUGAAAAGUAUAAGAUCGUUGAACUCUUUUUCUAUUUAGCGAUGGGAUUUUCUCCUGCUCUGGUAGUGACAUCCAUGAGCAACACUGAUGGACUCCAGGAGGUCGCCUGGGGAGGCCUGAUCUAUUGCCUGGGUGUGGUGUUCUUCAAGAGCGAUGGAGUCAUCCCCUUUGCCCAUGCCAUCUGGCACAUAUUUGUGGCCACAGCAGCAGCUGUUCAUUACUAUGCCAUUUGGAAGUACCUUUACAGAAGUCCUGCAGACAUAAUUCGUCACUUAUGAGAUAGAUAUAGAUAUUAUAUCUAUAUAGAAAAGAAAAUCUGCACUUGGUCUCUGUAACAGUAUUAUUUGACUUAAGGAAUUCGGGGAAAUUGGAAAAUUGCACAGAAAAACUGCACUGACUUUGGUAGUUCUCUGAACACAAUUACUGUGAACUGAUGUUGUAUGUGUCCUGCAAUUGCCCAUCAUACGGCAAGUGCUGUAAAAAACCAAGAUACUGUACUGCAGUACUAAGAGUCCAUUCCAUGUUAGUAGAACCGGCUACCUGAUGUUUACAAAUAAAUUUUGUAUUCUAGCUUCAUUUUACAAUUUUUAACUAUGUGACUUUUUCUAAAUUAGUGAUUCAAAUGGUGAAGUCAGUGCAAUAGUGAAAAUGUAACUUUUGAUUUGAAAUUGGUUUCUAUCACCUUUCCACUUGUCAUGUAUUAAACAUGAAUCACAGACAAAUAAUCUACUUUUAUCACCCAUUAUCUUGGUAUAAUGUGACUUUUCUAGAAAACUUUUGUGUUUUU